AUGAAUGACUUGCAAACAAAUGGCUUAACAGUACCAACCGUUAGUGGUAAUUUAAAAUUUACAUUUACAGUACUAUGUGGUGGCAAUCUGGCUUCCAAUGAUACUGGAGGGUUUCAGCAAUCAUUUUCAAAAUUAACACUUAUUCCACGUGAUGAAGCAACACAUAACCAACAUUUACAACAAAUUAUGAAUGAUCCAAAUCAUCAACCAAUUAAUGGUGUUGUGCAUCGAAGUCCAUUAGAAGACUUAGAUGGCUUUCAUGCAACAAAAUCGUUGCCUCCCGAUGUGAUGCACGACUAUUUUGAAGGGGCUUGCACAAUAAUUAUUUUGGCAAUGCUCAAAGAAGGUAUAUCUUUUAUACAGCUAGUUUGUCUUAUCAACCAAAGAUCAAAUGUGUAGUGUCAACCAAUACGAAAUGAAAAUAGUAUAUGAUUUAUUAAUGUAGACCGGUUUCGU